ACAUCCAUGGCACCGCUGGAGCAGGUGUGGUGCCUCUGCCUCGAGCUGAAGGCGGCGGCCACAUACUGAUCCCGCACACGGAGCUCCCUGAGUUCGUGAGGAGCUAGAAAAUCAUGGAUGGCCCCGUCCUGGAUCGGAUGACCGCAAGCGUGAAAAGGUGUGCCGGCCGGGCCGUGAACACCUUCUUCGACCUAGAGCAAGGGUACUGCGAGAUUUUCACUAGCAGUAUAAAGACGAAGCCCUCCUACUUUGUUGGGCCCCUCUCGCUGCCGCCGGCAGCGGCGGCGCCGGCACCAACAACAGGAGACAGCGCAGGAGCAGGGCACUCGCCGCCGUGCAUCGAAUGGCUCGACAGAAUGCCGUCUCGAUCGGUCGUGUUCCUGUGUUUCGGCAGCUUGACCCAUGUCUCCGACGCCCAGCUCGUGGAGCUGGCUCUCGGGCUCGAGGCCUCGGGGAAGCCGUUCCUGUGGGUCAUCAGGGACAAUGAUACGUGGUCGCCGCCGGAUGGGUGGAUGGAUCGCGUUGGUGCGAGGGGCAUGGUCGUCAAGGGCUGGGCGCCGCAGACGCGGAUCCUGGAACACCAGGCGGUGGGGGUGUUCGUGACCCACUGCGGCUGGAACUCCGUCAUGGAGACGGUGACCGCCGGCGUGCCGGCGCUGACGUGGCCGAUGGUGUUCGAGCAGUUCAUCAUCGAGCGGCUGCUGACCGAAGUGCUGGAGAUCGGGGAGCGGCUGUUCCCGGAGCGUGCCGGGGUGCGUAGCACCAGGUACGAAGAGCACGACCUGGUCCCGGCAGAGGUCGUGGCGCGGGCGGUGACCAAGUUCCUGGAGCCCGGAGGCAGAGGAGACGCGGCGAGGAGACGGGUGAAGGAGCUCUCCGCCCGAGCUCGUGCUGCCGUGGCGGAAGGCGGCACCUCUCACCGCGAUCUGCAGCGCCUCAUCGACGACCUCGUGCAAGCAAGAACAGAGCAGCGGCAAAGUAACAGCAGCACCCUCAAAAAGUAACUAGUACAGGUAUACCGUAUAGCAAAUAAGAUUCCAGUGCAUGCAUCAUGCAUGCCAUUGCCAUUCUGAAGGCUGAAGCUUCCGAGGUGGAAGCAUCGAUCUACUGUAAGACUACACGUCGGCCAAUACGUGCAAGAAAGUAGUUUUUUCUGCAAAACUCAGGACUGAUUAUCUUUUCUGAAAAAUUUAUUGAUUAAUCGUUGCGGCAAAUCUAAAACCCAUGUAAUGCUUGUGGGUUUGAAGUUUGUCGUGUACGCCCUACUUUUUUUUGCGUCGUAUUUAGUUUUGGAAGAAAGUAGCAAAUAAGUGUCGUAUUUUGGUUUGCAUA